AUGAAAGACUGCACAGAAUCAGAGAGCGAUAGAGAGAGGCCACCGGUGGUGGAGGAGGUGUGGUGGUUUUAUAGUGGGGUUGGCCGUGAAAUGUGGUGGUUGUUUCUUCAAGAAUGUGCGAAGCUGGAGGAGUAUAAUGUGGAGGGAAUGCCCGUAUGGUGCACAUUUCUGGUUCUUGAGAAAAGGGGUCUUGUGCUUCCCCUUUACACCAUUGAAGAGAAUGUCAAAAAAUCAGCUAAGCCCUUCUGUGAUCAAUGCCGUUGUGCGGGGUGGAGUAAUCACUUAGUGUCGAAAAGGAAAUAUCAUGUGAUAAUACCUGUGGAGGAUGAAUGGAAUAAACCGCUUAAUGAAGGGGUUCUUGAUUUGCAAAAUCAUCUCUUACAUGGGUUGAUUCAUUGCAAUGGAUUUGGGCAUCUGCUAAUUAUGAAUGGGAUUGAGGGUGGGUCGAAUUACCUUUGCGGUCGAGAAAUCAUGGACUUUUGGGACCGUCUUUGCUCUCUUCUUCAUACCCGGCAAAUCACAGUCGAGGACUUGUCCAAGAAACGCAAGAUGGAUCUUCGAUUGCUAUAUGGAGUUGCUUAUGGACACUCGUGGUUCGGGAGAUGGGGAUAUCGAUUCUUUCAGGGAAGUUUUGGGGUGAAGGAGCAUAAUUACUCUAGAGCCAUUGAAAUUCUCAGCUCUUUGGAGCUAGAUCAGAUUAUAAAUGACUGUUGUCAAAGAAAUGGGUGCAGAGAUGUUAUUGGACAGAUUAUCCGCCAUUACAGAGAUAUGAGUGAAACGAAUUUGACUACAAUUAGAGAUCUCUUCAGAUUUAUGCUUACUCUCAAGUCAAGAGAUCCAGCUGCAAGAAAUUCCACCACUAUUGAAACGGUUACAUAUUCUACAAAAAAUUUACCUAAAAUUGCUCUAUGGGACCGACCUGUUGGAAAGGAACGAUCGAUGAAGUGCAGAAAUUCUCCGAGAUCGAUAUGGGAAUACUGUACUGAGGAUAGGGUUCAUGAUGGUGAAAUUUUUGUGUUGAUAGUCAUUUGGCCUCUGCUGAAUUUGUAG